AAUUCUCUCCACCGCCGACCCACGAGAAACCCGACCAACGAGAAAAAAAGAGAAACAAUGCAGGAAACAAAAAUUUCUAGCCAUCCGAUCUCCGGUGGGCCUCCGACAGAACCCGAUCCCCUCCAACACGUGCAUUGCGGACAUCUCUCACUUCUAUAAUGCUGUAUCUUGCUGCAAGAAAAACGCCAGAGAGAGAGAGAGAGAGAGUGGCGGCGUUGGGGGUGGGGAGGUGGCCGGCGAAGGGAGGAAGGGAAGAGGAGCUGUCGACGCCGGAGAAGGCGGAGGAGGUUGCCGUUUUCGGAAUGUCGGUCGAGGAGCCGCCGGAAUGGCUGCCGGAUGGGUGGACCAUGGAGGUCAGGAGAGGGAAGAACGGUAACAUCUACAGGUAUUACACAUCGCCAGUAUCUAGUUAUACUUUCUGCUCAAAAGAGGCAGUUAUGCGUUAUCUCAAUGUUGUAAAGGUUGAUGGUCAUGAAUCUGAAAUAUCAGCAUGUUCUGGAGACGAAAGUCCACGACCUGUGCGACAAGUAAAAAAUUCAUUCAAAUGGUUGCCUCCUGGAUGGCUUUUGGAGAUCAGAACUCAAAGACGUGGCUCAAAAGCACAACAAAUAUACAUGUCCUACUUUGAACCUUCCACUGGAUCCAGAUUCUAUUCCAAGGGAGAUGUGCUUCAGUUUGUUAAGUCUGGGAAGAUUUACGGUCCCACAUCUGAUCAAACAAGACAUUGUGAAGCAGAAUCUCUUGAGAAUGUUAUAGCUCAAAUUGAGUUUUAUCCAGAUGGGUUGCCUCACGGAUGGUACAAAGAAAUUAGGAUAAAAAAAAACAGAAGCGGAUUCAGAAGAGACCCGUAUUAUGCCGAUCCAGAAUCUGGAUAUGUAUUUCGAACACUAAAGGAUGUUCAGCGUUAUACUGAAACUGGAGAAAUUAGUAAACAUGCAUUUAGACCGAGGAAAAGAAGCCUGUAUGACAAAUAUUCCUUCGAAGAGGAAGAUCCUCUCCCAAGUUCAGCCAACAAACUGGAGUCACCUGGAAUAGCUGUGAGGCGAUGCCUUUUUUCAGGACAGAUGCAAAAUUCAAAUGGAGAGGCGGUGAUCGACACUGAUGAACUGGAUGAAAAACCAAACCUGUCAUCUUUGGAUCAUGCUUCUUUGCCAUACUUUCAUGGUUCUUCGUCUGUGGGCUCUGUUCCAAACAUCAAUCAUGCAGUAGAAGAAAAUACAACGAAGAGUGAAAGGAUGUCUGGACCAGUAACUGGUGACUUGUCAGAACCUGCCGAGCACUCAAGGGGCAUGGAAAACAAGGAAAGGAAUGAGGUUCUGAUGCCAGCAUUCGGAAAAUCGGAUUCUAUCCAGCGCUUCAAAAAGAAGGCUAAGAAGGGUAGACCAAGAGUGUUGAAGCGGGAGAGAUUUAUUAAGAAACCAUCGGAGCCAGCAAACAGGGCUUUGGAUUCGCUGGAGUGGGAGCAGCUUGACCUGGGCGAUGAGAUACAACCAGUGAAGCCAUCGGAAAUGUCUGACAAGGAGCCAAAUGAGCCAGCAGAUAUGGCACCAGAGCAGCUGCUGAUAGAAUACCCAACUCAAUGGGAAGAUGCCGAGAGCUUGGAGCAGGAAAAUGGGGUACUUCCGGAAGGUGAGUUGCUGGGGAAAAAUAUGAUCCAAGGACCAGAGCAGAAGCUGCUGCUAGAACCAGAAGAUGUGAAGAAGUCAUCGCCCUCAGAGAAAAAGCAAGCAAAGCCCGAUGGAGGGGCUAUAAAUGGUGGGAGCAGCAAAGCCAAAACUAGGAAGGCAGCCGCGCAGCAGCCUCGCCGGGCAUCAAAACGGUUGGCGGGGCUUGAAGCUGGUCCUCCUGCAGAUGACUUGAGGAUUUGUUACCGGUUCCGGUGGGCGAUGUCUAAGCUCAGAACUGAUCAGACAAAAGACAUAGUGGUGCUGGAAGACCAGGAAACCGAGGAGCAGAAUGGAGAAGCUGCCUUGGGAGAGCAGGCUGGGGAGGCGGGCGAACCGACCGAUGAUAAGGUGGUGGGAUCCCCACUGACGUUAUCGUUUGGUGAUUCUUGGCCUGACCCUUGCCUCGAAUUUGCAUUCAAGACUCUUGCAGGUGAUAUCCCAGUGUUAGAGGAAAGUCUCGAGAUCCAAAACUUCUUAGAUCGGCAGCUCAGUUCAGUUCAGAACUCGAACAAGAGUGUCCUGGCUUCAUCAGCUUUUGCUGCUAGUCCGGAAAGCUCCAGCCAGGCUGAGCUACCCGUCAAACCUGGGUCGCCGGACAAGAUUUGCUCGUCUUCCAGGGAAGAGGAGAGCCCAUCCCCUACCAAGAACAGGCUGCAGUCCAGUGGGAAGGUGAUUCGACAAUAUCGUCGGGGCACAAAAUUAAACCAGUAAUUGGUGUAUAAAUUUGUGAUCCCUAAAUUUGGUGCCAUGCAAGGCUACUUUGUAGAACACACUGCCUCGGAGACUUAGAAUGAGCCAAUAACAUCCUUUUAGCAGACUAGCGAUGAUAUGACCUAAUUAGUAAACUUGCCCUGGACUCUGGAGAUGGGAUAUCAGUAUGAUGCGCUAGGAUUACUUUUUGCAAGAAGGUCUUCUCAUCAUGUAUUGGCGCUAAAGCUACUGCUCGGCUUUUCUCUUGGGGUGCCCAACUUUCACUUUCAGCUGGACGUGGGCAGGGCAUGGUUUGGCAACAACGCCCGAUCUGAUCUCAUUACGGGCUCCUUUAGUCAGCCGGAUGCUGAUGCAACAAAACCAGGUGGGGUUCGGCUCUUCGCUUCAAAAUCUGAAUGGUGUCAUGCAUCUGAGUUAUUUAUAACUCUGUUCUAGUUUUUGAGGUAUACUUUAUACACUUAAAAGGGGAUGCAAAAGGGCUCAAUGCUAGAAA